GCCCAUUGUUUCUUUUUCCUUUCAUUAACAUUUCUUUUUCCAAGGAGGGAAAGAGACACACAAGAGACCGAAAGCUGUACUGCAAGGCUUCCGAGUUGUGCUAAAGGAUUUUUUUCUUUUUUUUUUCCCUCCUCCUUCGUCUUUACAAGCGCCUGCGGUUGACACCACUAGAGACAAGCUGGUUAGAGAUUUGCAAACUGCUUCAUCCGGACUGGACCGGGCAGCCGGGAAGAAAGCAGGCAGGCAAGAUCUGGGAAGCUGUCUGGGGGUUUCUCUACGGACCUCAACCCCCAUCGGUUUUUUUCUUUUUUUCUUUUCUUUUGGUUCUUUUGUUUUGAUUUGCUUUGGUUUUUUGGUUGUUUUAAAUUCCUUACGGUGUUGGAACUAGUGAGUGGUGGAGUCUUGGAAGCCUCAUCAGUCACCCAGACUGCCUGGAACAGUGGAUUAAGAGGAAGAAGCUCGCCUGGGGCAUCAUAUACCCUGUUAUUCAGUUUCCUGCCUCGGAGAUAAAGAUCCCAGCUACAUGGGCAAACGCCUGGAUCAGCCACAAAUGUACCCCCAGUACACGUACUACUGUCCUCAGUACCUCCAAACCAAGCAGUCCUAUGCACCAGCUCCCCACCCUAUGGCUCCUCCCAGCCCCAGCACAAACAGCAGCAGCAACAGCAGUGGAGAACAGUUGAGUAAAACGAACCUGUAUAUUCGAGGCCUUCCACCAGGCACCACUGACCAGGACCUUAUCAAGCUAUGUCAACCGUAUGGAAAAAUUGUAUCCACGAAGGCAAUUCUUGACAAGAAUACGAAUCAGUGCAAAGGUUAUGGUUUUGUAGAUUUUGAUAGUCCUGCAGCUGCACAGAAAGCAGUAGCAUCCUUGAAGGCAAAUGGCGUGCAAGCACAGAUGGCCAAGCAACAAGAACAAGACCCUACAAAUCUAUACAUCUCAAAUCUCCCCAUCUCUAUGGAUGAGCAGGAGCUGGAGAACAUGCUAAAGCCCUUUGGACAUGUGAUAUCUACCAGAAUCCUGAGAGAUGCUAACGGAGUCAGCAGGGGCGUUGGCUUUGCCAGAAUGGAGUCUACUGAAAAAUGUGAAGUGGUAAUUCAACAUUUUAAUGGAAAAUAUCUGAAAACACCACCAGGAAUCCCAGCCCCCAGUGAGCCUUUACUGUGCAAAUUCGCCGAUGGAGGACAAAAGAAGAGGCAGAAUCAGAGCAAGUACACCCAGAAUGGGAGGCCAUGGCCCCGAGAAGGAGAGGCCGGCAUGGCUCUGACCUAUGAUCCCACAGCUGCCAUACAGAAUGGAUUUUAUUCUUCACCCUACAGUCUCGCGACCAACCGCAUGAUCCCACAGACAUCUAUCACGCCGUUCAUUGCUGCCUCCCCUGUCUCCACGUACCAGGUCCAGAGUACUUCAUGGACGCCUCAUCUGCCAUACAUUAUGCAACCAACAGGUGCUGUGAUCACACCCACCAUGGACCACCCCAUGUCAAUGCAGCCAACAAACAUCGUGGGCCCCCUGACGCAGCAGAUGAACCAUCUUUCACUGGGGACAGCAGGAACGAUUCAAUCCCAAGACAGAAUUAUGGUACUUCACCAGCUGUUGUGUCAGUAUAUGACUGCUGCUCCUAUGCAAGGGACCUACAUUCCCCAGUACACGCCUGUGCCUCCGACAGCUGUUUCUAUUGAAGGUGUUGUUGCUGAUACCUCUCCCCAGACGGUGGCCCCUUCAUCCCAGGACAGCAGUGGUCAGCAGCAACAGUUAGCAGUGGACACACCCAGUGAACACGCACCUGCAUACUCUUUCCAACAAUCUAAACCAUAGACAGAAGUGAGGCUGUCCAUCUGAACCUUUACCUUCAAUGAAGACACUUCACUGAGCAAGAAGUUAGUUGGCCUCCAGUUUGCACAGGCGCCAAGGGAAAGCUUUCUUCUUCUUUUAUUUUUAUUUUUUAAUUUUAUACUUUCCUCAAAGAAAACAAAGUUUUUAUGUGCUGUGCAAAUGGUUUCUUCGUGUGGUCUGACAGUUAUUUUUGUCAUACUUUUUUUUUUUAAGGGAAAACAAAUCCCAGAAAAGGGGGCGGGAGGGUAAACAUCAAAGCUGAUGUUUUCUAUGGAAGAACAUUUGAAGUCAGAAUUUGCCUAGAGGUGUAAGUAGUUUUUUUUUUGUUUGUUUGUUUGGUUUGGUUUUUGUUUUUUGUUUUAUUUUUUUUUGUUUUGUUUUUUAGUAGAAAACCUGAUGUCAAGAGGUGGGCAACUGAAAAUAUAAGGAAAUUAUUUUCCUCAGUAAUUAAGCUAUUUUUUCCUCUUUUUCCCUCCUUGAUUGAACCUACUGGGCUGGGUUUUUUUAUAUUUUAUGUUUUCUUAGAAAUAUUUAGGUAAGGUUUAUCUUGAAUCUUAAUUGCCUUAAUUUUAAGGACGUCAAGGCUCGCGAGGCAUGCUGUCAACGUCUUGUUAUAAAACGAAAUCCAGAAAGAAUUGAAGUAUUGUGCCAGCUUUCGCUGGCAUAGAAGAUGGAGACUGAGAUUUUAGGGUGGAAAAAAAACUGUACAGUUUAAAAGAAAAUGUUUUUUUCUUCAUUUGAAGAAAAUUUGUUGUUAAAAGAAACCGCAGCAACUGCAAGAAUUGGGAAAUGCUGGGACUUCUCAUGAACUUUGACACAGUCAUUCUAGAAGGCUAAAAGACAUUUUAUGGUAAAGAUAUUCACAUUGGUUUAAAAACAACUGCAUUAGAAAUAAUGCGUGUUUGGGGGGCAGAAUGCACAUUUUUUUUAAUUUACAGGGCGUGGUUGCUAGCGACAGCAUUAGUGCUUUUUAUCUGCAGUUUUUUCUAUGAGCUUUGUCAGGUGUUAGUCAGCUUUGCUUGUCACAUUUGCAAAACCUCGUGUAAGAGCACUAAAAACAAAACUUAAGUAGAUAGAAGCUUACGGUCAAAACGUGCAAAAAAAAAAUAAAAAAUAAAAACAAAAACACACACACAAAAAAGACAAAACAAAAACAAAAAAAGCAAUAGAUAGAGAAAUUGUUGACAAUUUCUGUAGUCUUUCUUAGUUGUGGUCAAUUGCAGCCUAUGGAUGGCCUAUUUUAUACCAAAGAUGAAGUGAGACCCUGUUACAGUCGGGACGGUAGACACUGCUUUUCUUUCCUUAAGGUUUUGUUUGGCCUCCAUGGCCGGACCAGUUCUAACUUCAUUUCAACUACCUUCCACUAGUGUUUUACAUAUGGCAAAAGAAAUUGUUUUUCUAGAAAUGUAUAUUUGUUGAUAGUUGAACUUUGUACCUACUGUGCUCAGCAAUUCAAGCAUGAAGAAUCUGAGAACUGAUGGAUUGAUGGAAGCAGGUGACUUUCACUCCCUGAGCUUUUCUAGCUCCUGUCUGUUUCUCUUCAACAGUGGAUGGAUGAGCGCUGAUACACCGGGUCCUUUGUUCAAGAGGUUGCAAUGUCUUCAUGCAGACUAAGGAUGCUUCCUGAACAUGUUCUGAAAGAUGUCUGAAAGACCACUUGUCAGAAAGGCUCAGUGAUGUUCUGUGCAGUGGGGCCUGGCCCCCUGAGAAGUACUCAUGCAUUGGUAACAAUCGUCUUCCUUCCAAACGCCAACAUAAACAGAUUUUGUCUUCUCCCCUUCAUUUUGUUGCUGGCCCAUCUUGAAUAGACACCUUGAUUCUGUACUUGGGAAGGGGAUGUUUUCCUUUUCCUUCUUCCCAUUGUGUUAUCAUAUCUUGAUAUUAACAGGAGAGACAACACAGAGCUUUUUAAAUUUCAGUUUAAUUCUCUGAGAUAAGUGAGACCAUUAAGAUUGAAGAUUCCUUUUAAUGCAGUAGAGGCAAGCUCUUAACAUGCUCGUUGACAAUCAAUAAAUUGUGUGCUUUUUAUCAACAAGAACUGAAAGAAUUAGGGUUGACCCAGCACUAAAACCAAAGGAGACAAUUGCACUUAGAAUAAUGCAAAACUUGGCUUAAAAUGUUCUAAAUUGAAUUAGUGAGAAAUCCUAAUAGUUCUGACUUAUUGUAUCUGGGAUCUACUUACAUAGUUUUGCUUGAAGCUAGAGACAGUGGCAUGGAACUCUGUUCAUGGAACCGUUCUUUUGAAUUGCUUUUUAAUGAAGCAUUUGAAUCAAGGAGGCAGAGUUCCUCCUUCGGGGUUGUCUGUUUGAGUACAUGGGAAAGACACAAGUACCAGAGAGGAAAGAGAGUAGGCUCUCCAAAACAAAACACGCUAUAAGGCAAGUCACAGUCCCACAACUAAGGAGUCUGCCCCAACCCAAAGGUCCACUGUCUCACUAGACCCUGAUUCUCUUCUUUGCAACCUGUGAAUUGAGUGCUCAAGUUUAGAGAGUGACUUCAUAUGUUGGCCACCAAACUAAUGACAGAACCGUAUCCACGGAGACAGCUACAAGCUGCAGAGGGAUUCUGAGCUUCACCUUCAUCCUAAGUUUUCUGUCCUUUGAAAGGAACCUGACACGUCUACAUUCUUCAGUGACACCUGUUGGAAAGGUGGACUUGAAUUUUGUCUUUGGGAAACAAACCCUCAAGUUCCAGAGGCUUUCAGAAAACUCACAUGAGACUACAGUUUCUCCUCCUUCACCCUCUCUCAAUUCUUUGUUUAAGUAAGGAUUAUCCUGGGCAUCAUUCAUUUGAAUAUGAAACCAACAUACUUUCUUGUCCUUUCUGUAAAAGUACCAAAUACAUGUAUUCAUGUGAUACAAAGAGAGUCUCAUUUGCAUAACUAACAAUGAGGCUGCAAGGUAGCUACCAUGUGGCUGUUGAAGGUGCCUAGGUUAACUUCAUGCUCUUAUACAUUCUGAAACAUUUCUUUCAACUCUGAAAUUCUCAUAAUCUCUAUCCUUUUAAGCCACCUCAGGCCAAAGGAAAUCAUUAUGUCAUUUUAUGUGUUUGUGUGUGUUUUAUGUUUGGGCUGUUUCUAUAGUGCCAUUCCAUGAAAUCCUUUAAGAAGAAAAAAAUGUGCGUAUUCAAAUUGGCUCCCUCUUUCUCUGUCAUUUUUAUCUAAGAAUUGUUUUUGAUAGUCCAGUGUAGGGGGAGAAGAAAAGGCAUUGGCAGAUAGCAGUACAACAUUGUAAUUAAAAACAAGAACCCUGCCCCCCAAAACAAAUGCACAAUGUGUGCAGCACAGACCCCACAAUCUCAAACUAGUCAGUAGUGCACAUGAUAGUUCUCAUAUGAUUUAGGACUACAGUCAUUUUUUAAAUUGAAGUAAAAUUCUAAUUCUUCAGAUUGUCAAGAUGUUUUCAUUUUUUCCCCUUUCAUUACCACAUCUUGGAUGACAAAUUAGGAAAGCAACUAAAACCAAGAUCCAAACAAGAUAAACACCAUGUCAUCUAAAUGCUACUAAUGUGUCAGGAAAGUGGGUUUCUUUGAAUAAUGACAAGACAUCCAGGGAAGCAGAGUGUGUAGUGACUGGUGGAUAUGUCUCCUAAGGACCCCCAGAUAGAACCUAAUAAUAUCAGCAGAUGCUGAAGAUUAAAAAUGUAUGCUUAGUUUUUGUUCUUUCAAAAAAAUCUUCAUUUAAUGAUUAGAAUGUU